UCUCUCGAUCACGUCGGUUUCGGUUUUUUCAUCACUUGCGAUUUUGACCAUUUAGUGCUGUUUUUUAGGACCUAAAAUCGGAUCCUUUUUUUAGAAAAAUUAUCACGAGUGAUUAUUUUUUGUGGUUUCUAUUUUUGGAUUUUUUAAAAAAAACUCUUGUGGAUUUAGAGCGGAGACACCUUAGUUUCCUAAUUAGUUUGCUGGUUUAAUUUAUUUGCUCCUAUAAAUUUCCUUGAUUGUUUUUUUUAUAUAUAUAUAUAUAUUUUUCGAAAAUCAGCUGGUGUGAACUGAAUUAUUGGUAAUUAGCUCACUAUUGACUACUGCUUUUUCAAAAAAGUUAACUUGACUUGGAAUUCUCUUAAUUGCUUUCUCAAGACCCUUAAAUCUUCUCCUUGUUUUAUUGUUAUUUUUUUAUUGAAUUAGUUUUAUUUUUCUCGUGUGUGCUGAAAAUUAUCUUGUUUUUGCAUAUUUGGUGGUGGAAAUGAGUUGGAAACCCAAUUCUGAGCGGAAGAAAUGUAUUUGUACCUGGGAAUUUUCCAUUGGUAGUGAAAUUUGAGUUGUGUUUGGACGGUGGAGCAUGUGAGUGGAGAUUUUGGGUUGGUGUUAGAAUCUGGAGGCACUUUGUGUUUGAGCAUGGGGAGUGCUUGCUGUGUUGCUGCGAGAGAUAAAAAUAUAGUGAGUGGACCAGGUGGUGAAAUCUUGCAUAGAAAUAUUCGGUAUUCGCCAACUUGGAGCUUUAGAUGGGAUAAUCGAGGGCGAGUAGCAGGGGAAGAUACAUCGAUAAGUUGGUUUUCUGAUGGAAUUAGCAGAAAUGAUGGAUCAGAUAUCAAAUAUGAAUCAACCUAUACAUCGGAGGAUGGAAGCCCAACGGAGAGCUUCCAGAGACAUACGUGGCAGAAGUCCCCGACAUCUGAAGGAACCGCAGCUCAUGCGAGGACUCCUGCUUCAGAUCAAUCUCUCCCAAGGAAUAUCUCAAUGGAAACGAGUUUGGAACAGGUGAAGGAGUCAACAGAAUCCAUGGCGGUUCUGAAUCCAUCUCCUGAGAAAAUCUCACUGUCAUUGCCCUCUGCUUCAUCCUUAUCAACAUCUCCACUUCCCCCCCGAAGUCAUUUACAUCCUGCCAGCCCAACAACAUCAAGGUGGCUACAGCGCUCUCCGAGACAUCAGCUAACAAAGCCAUUAUCUGAUGCCCGAAUCCCAGGAUUGAGGUCAUCAAAGAGCAUCCCAGGUUCUGAAGAGAGGCCUCCUGUUUCUUCAUGGAGCAAUGAAUCAACUCAGGGAUGCCAUGGUGAGUCUUCAGAUGGCUGGUCUAUGCAUGCAUUUUCUGAGCUCAUGGCUACUUCUAAUAGAGAAAGGUGGUCUUUUGAUAACGAGUGCUCGGGGUUUAAUCAUGAGAAGACCGGAUCCAGUGGUCGAAGCUCAGCUUUUACUUCUGUUGAUUUUCAAACGUGUGGGAUCUGCUCAAAGCUAUUGACUGAUAAAUCUUUGUGGGGCAGCCAGAAGCUCAUUGCUACUAAUGAGCUCUCCGUUGUUGCAGUUUUAAUUUGUGGUCACACUUAUCAUGCUGAGUGUUUGGAAGCUCUGACUCCUGAAAUUGACAAGUAUGAUCCUGCAUGCCCAUUUUGUACCUUGGGAGAGAAGCAGGCCUUUAAGCUGUCUCAAAAAGCUUUAAAAACAGAAAUGGAGUUGAAGGCUAGAAACAAGAAAUUGAGGAGCCGGGUGGUAGAUAGUGAUCUUGAUGGUGAUUUGGCAAUGUUUGAUCGCUUUAAAGAUGGUGGAAAUGAAGGAAAGGGUCCAAAGAUGGGCUUAAGUUCCAGCAUGAAAAGUUCCUUGGCAAAGCCUUUCUUGAGGCGGCAUUUUUCAUUUGGAUCCAAAGCGAGUAGAUGCUCUACUGAGAAUCACUCAACCAGAAAGAAAGGUUUCUUCUGGACAAGAUCUCUGAGGGGUUGAUGUUCGUCUCAGCUGUGAAGUGAUUCCAGUGCUGACCAUCUCUGCGUUGUCAAAAAAGGAUUGUUGGGGCAGCGGGAAGUUUUCCUCUAAGAAUUCGUUUUGGAACAUCUCCAUCUCCAUCUGCAUACACAUUUACACUUUUUCAAACUGGCCCACAGGAUUAGUUUGUGGAGCGAUACUGUAAAGAAGUAAAUGAACUUAUAGAAUUCCUAUAUGAUUAUGAAAAGAUUAGUAGAAUUAAAAUGUAUCACAAGAUUGGUGAUCCUAUUGGUGUUUUGUACAGAUCAAUUUGUUUCUUGCUUGGACACAGUUCAUGAACUGAUUCAAAUCAAUGAGGUAUGGAUAAAA